AUGGGCCUCCCCGAGAAGAUGCGAGCCGUUGUAUUCAAAGGCGACUACAAAGUCGAAGUAGAAGACCGCCCGACCCCCAAAGUCCAAAAGCAAACCGACGCCGUCAUCCGCGUCACCUCCACCGCCCUCUGCGGCAGCGACCUGCACUACUACCGCGGCCACCUCAAAUGCGAACCCAACUUCAUCUGCGGCCACGAAUUCGUCGGCGAGAUCGUCGAGAAGGGCGACGACGUGAAGAGCUUCGCCAUCGGGGACAAAGUGGUUGUCCCGUUCUACACCGCCUGCGGGGAGUGCUUCUACUGCGUCCGCGGGCAGGCGAGUCGGUGCAGCAAGGGCGAGCUGUUUGGCAACUCGGCGCCGGCGAACACGAUCGAUGGCGGGCAGGCCGAGUAUGUGCGGUGUCCGCUGGCUGAGUCGACGUUCGUGAAGGCGCCCAAGGAUAUCCCGGAGGAGAUGCUGGUGCUGAUGGCGGAUAUCUUUCCCACGGGCUAUUUUGCUGCGGCGAGGUUUUUGAAGGAUCUGCCGGAGAGGGAUCGCAAGGAGUAUACUGCGGUGGUGAUUGGAUGCGGGCCGGUGGGCGUAUGUGCGAUUACGUGUGCGUUGACGAUGGUGGAUAAUGUGAUUGCGAUUGAUAGCAUCCCCGAGCGGCUGGAGGAGGCGGAGAAGCUGGGCGCGAAGACCAUCAACCUCAACGACGACCCCAUCCCGAAGAUCAAGGAGGCGACUGGAGGCAGAGGUGCCGAUGUGGUGAUUGAGUGUGUCGGGCAUGCGGAUGCGUGGCAGCUGGCCUUCGACAUGAUCAGGCCUUUCGGGCAGAUCUCGAGUAUCGGCGUGCACACCGAGAAAUGGGAAGUCAACGGCCUUCUCAUGUACGGCAAAAACGUCACCACCGCCUUCGGCCGCUGCCCCGUCCGCAGCAUCUUCGAGCCUGCUUUGAAGCUGUUGGUGCAGGAGCAGAAGAAGGUCGCUUUCCUGUGCGGCAAGACGAUGCUGUUGGAGGAGGCGCCGCAGGCGUACAAGGAUUUCGAGCAGAGGAAGGUGCAUAAGAUUGUGUUUAAGAUGGAUCAGAAGGAGGCGGGGAAGAGUAUUGAGGCGAAGUAG